CGCAGACAAUUUAUUAUAUUAUCAGAUACUAUCAACCCUUAUUAUAGUAGGUAACGUACAAAUGAAUUGAAUUCUGUUUCGCAUUUCCUUAUGAUUCAUUAUUCGAUACCAAAUUCAUUCAAACGUUUCCCACUAUUAUAAACUCAGUGUUGUUAUCUGCGUUUUCAAGGAGACCGAUUUCUGUGUAUUUCUGUAAACAACAAUCCAGAUUUAGUAUUCAACGCAUAACGGUAACUAUAAACCACUAGCCGUCCACAAUAUGGGUUUUAACAACAUCGUAAUUUUUGAUAUGAUAAAUAAUGCGUUUUAACUCCAUUACAGUUUACAACUUCACUCAGUUGAAUAUAAAACGAAACAACUGAACUCUUUUUUGGUAUUACGAAUUAUAAUUAAUUUCAGUUAAAGAUGUAUUUUGGUUGCUAACCAAAGAGAACUGUAAAAGUGUUCAUUUGACAGAUGCUUUAACAACAAAAAGUUAAAGGAAUACAAUUUGUUAUACAUAUGCUUGCAACUGUGACCAAGGGUCUUUGUGAUCACCCGCCAAGAUCACUAUCACGAAAAAGUUAGACGAUGACAACUCAACUUUAAUAUCCUGAACAGUUGUUAUCAAUAAUAGCGAAUAAGAAAAAUUUCACUGAAGUAGAAUUGAGUAAGCGAAGUGGCACAGAAGGGGCAUGGGUGGAUGUAGCAGAAGAGCUAUCUAGUACGCAGCACAUCAACUAUGAUGAAGCACCUGCAAUCAUCUCCUAAAAUUAAUGCUCCUUCAAACAAAGAUACUCCGUCACGGAAAAUAGCAAACGGUGGAGAACAUGAUUUAGUGAUUCAACCUAAAACGGCUUUGAUAGCUAUUGAAUCAUCUGCUUCUCAUUCAUCAGUUUCUAUAGAAAAUAAAAGCACUCUUUCUUUUCAGUCAACUUCCUCACUCUAUCUUAAUAUUCAUCAGGGGCAUCUUGAUCGCUGUAUAAAUAAUGCUACUGCUUUUGCCGUUGGACGUUGGAAACAUAACCAAGUAACAACAGCUCUUGUUCGCAUGAUCGCUAUUGAUAAUAUGCCUUUAUCAACUCCAGGAAGAGCAGGAUUCAAAGCGCUUGUUAACAAAAUUCAGCCAUUGUAUUUGGUUGCCACACGAACCGACAUUGACAGCAGCGAUGAUUCAAAAAUACCAGGACUUAUCUAAUAAAGUUAAGGUCGAGAUUCAACAAGCUAAGUCUGUUUGCUUAACGACAGAUAUUUGGACACAGCAUCAUACGAUGAAUAGUUAUCUCGGUUUGACAGUCCACUACUUGAAAGGCUAGUCAAUUAUCAUCAUAACAAACGAUUCUAUAAAAUUUUAUAUCAUUCAUUCAUCUGUAAUUUUUAUUAGGAGUUGAAAUAAAAACCGUUAAGCUAGUAGCUUAUCAUAUGGAAGAGCGUAAAACGAUUGAAAA